AUGGCCAAGUCAACAUCGAUCGAAGGGUGGGCCUGUUGUGGCGGCAACACCUGGGACCCCGAUCUGAUCUGCCGUGAGCGACCGUGCGACACGGCCGCGCCUCCCACUUUUUGCGCUCUCACCGACCAUAUCAAUCUCCGUGGCCGUCACAGGUUGGAAGGAAAGGUUGCGCUGGUCACCGGUGGCGCUUCAGGUAUCGGCGAAGCCAUCGUCCGCCUCUUCAGACAGCACGGCGCCAAGGUUUGCAUAGCGGAUGUCCAGGAUGAAGCCGGUCAGCAGCUCUGCGACUCCCUCGGAGGCGACCCCGAUGUCCUGUUCGUCCACUGCGACGUCACUGUGGAGGAGGACAUAAGCCGGGCCGUCGAUGCGGCGGCCGAGAAGUUUGGCACCCUCGACAUCAUGGUCAACAAUGCCGGCAUUACGGGCGACAAGGUCACCGAUAUCCGGAACCUCGACUUUGCUGAUGUCAAGAAGGUGUUCGACAUCAACGUGCACGGCAUGCUGCUCGGCAUGAAACACGCGGCGCGUGUCAUGAUCCCGAGCAAGAAGGGGUCCAUUGUCUCAUUGGCGAGCGUUGCUAGCGUGAUCGGAGGGAUGGGGCCUCAUGCUUACACCGCGUCGAAGCACGCGGUGGUGGGUCUCACCAAGAGUGUGGCAUUGGAGCUGGGGAGGCACGGCAUACGGGUGAACUGCGUGUCGCCGUACGCCGUGCCCACCGCGCUCUCCAUGCCGCAUUUGCCCCAGGGGGAGCACAAGGGUGAUGCAGUGAGGGACUUCCUGGCGUUUGUGGGCAGUGAGGCAAACCUGAAAGGUGUUGAUCUGCUGCCUAAGGAUGUUGCUGAGGCGGUGCUCUACCUGGCGAGCGACGAAGGGAGGUACAUCAGCGCGCUCAACCUCGUGGUCGACGGCGGAUUUACAUCUGUGAAUGGCAACCUGAAAGCGUUUGAGGACUAG